UCGCGACGACCAAAAUCCCUUUGAGAUUACAACAGACGAGCAUUUCAUUGAUUUAUAUCGGUUCCCCAAAGCUUUGUGCCUGGAAUUAAUUAAUGAAUUAAUGCCAUUUAUGCCGAACUCGCAACGGAGACAUGCUGUUCCGAGUCAUGUAAUUAUUUUAAGCGCCCUGCAUUUUUUUGCCACUGGUAGCUUUCAAAGAAGUGUGGGGCAAGACAGUUUAUCUGCUUUAUCCCAAACAUCAGUUAGCAGAUGUGUGCAAGUGGUGGCAACUGCACUUAAUAACAUAGCCCACAGACAUAUAAAGUUCCCAAAACGCGAAGACUUCCCGGCGCUCAAAAUAAAAUUCAUGGAAAAAUACCAGUUUCCUGGAAUAAUCGGACUCAUAGACGGAACGCACAUCAAAAUAUCAGCCCCGAAGAAAGAAAUUGAGUAUGUUUACUAUUGCCGAAAGGGUGGGCACUCCAAGAACGUUAUGAUAAUAUGUGAUGCUGAUUAUAUCGUUUUGUCUGCUAGCGCUCGGUUCGGAGGUACUGCUCAUGACUCAUAUGUAUGGCGUCGCUCUCGAGCUUGCAGAGCUCUGGAGGAGCUUUAUGAGGCGGAUGAGCGCGAUUUUUGGCUUCUGGGUGAUAGUGGCUACCCACUACAGCCUUGGCUGAUGACACCAAUUAGAGCGACAUCAUGUACCGCAGAAGAGCGCUACAAUAUAGUACACAAGUCAACUCGAGCUCUUGUAGUGUUGUCGCUCCGUGUAAGAAAACAGUCGAAUAUAUCAAAACAUCUGACGUUUAUUCAAAUAGUUUAAAUUUGCGAAAUCAAAGUUACAUAAAUUGUUUAAAUAUCUGUAAAAUAU